AUGAUCCAGCGGCGAUCGGGUGUCGCGGCGUAUUCCCUCGCCGAUCUCGAGCUCAUUUCCAAUUUGACUUCACCAAGCACACACACACGCACACGACCAUGGGUGCCGAAGCAAUCAGCAACAACUGCACCGCUGCCAUGCCGGCGGUCGAGGAGCUCAAGGUUCGUCGGGAUAUCCGUCGUGUUCCCGUCCGUUUGGUGGUCUGGUGCUCACUUUGAUGCUCGUCGUCGUCGUUAUUGCCGUUGUUAUUACCGACAGAUCCCGCGCCACAUCGCCGUCAUUAUCGAUGGCAACCGCCGCUACGGCAAGAACAAGUACGGCUCGGGCACCCGCGGCCACUCGGACGGCACGAGGACCGUCAUGAACUUCACUGAGUGGUGCAUCGACGCCGGCAUCGAGGCCCUCACUGUCUUCGCCUUCUCCACCGAGAACUGGAAGCGCGAGAAGGCCGAGAUCGACGCUCUGAUGAAGCUGGUCGACGGCUUCAUCCACGACAUUCUUGGUGAGGCUCUCACGCGCAACAUCCGGACCCAGCACUGCAACGCCUACGGCGCCCGCGAUGAGAUCGUCGGAGCCUGCAAGAAAAUCGCGGCCGAGGUCGCGGAGGGCGAGACGAGCAUCGACGACAUCGACGAGGACCUGCUGAGCCAGCGCAUGCUCACUGCUGGUUUGCCGGAUCCGGACAUCAUGCUCCGUACGUCGGGCGAGCUGCGCAUCAGCAACUUCCUGCUCUACCAGAUCGCGUACGCCGAGCUCAUUUUCAUGGACAAAAUGUGGCCCGAGGUCACGCGCGACGACCUGCAGGACAUCAUCGUCGAGUUCAACCGCCGCAAGCGCCGCUUUGGCAAGUAA